AUGAUGAUAAUGAUGAAAGGAGAUGAUGCAAAGGAGCUAUAUUCAUUGGCAUCACUGAUUAUAUAUAAAGCAGCAAAGAAAAUGAAUUUAUUCAACAACAUUAAGUUUUUCGUCUUCUGCCAUGGAAUUUUGCAUCUGUCCAUGCUGCUUAUCUCCAUUUUUCUCAGAGCCAGCAUUUCCAACAUCGAGAAACAAUUUGGUUUCUCCAGCAAGAUGUCAGGGAUCCUAGCAGUAGUACAUCAGGUUACCAACACAAUAUUAGUGCUGUUUGUCAGUUACUUUGGGAUGAAGGUGCAUCGACCUCGUGUUGUUAGUCUUGGAGGCUUCCUAGUGGCAAUGGCUGGAUUCCUCACCACCGUGCCACACUUUAUCAAGGGACCAUAUGUUUUCGACCAAACGACUAUUACUGUUCCUCGCUACAGAAAUGAACUGAAUUACUGUUUCAAUCAAAGGUUUCAUUUGGCAGAGGUUCAGUGGAUAGACUUCCAGCAUAAUCUCUGUGAAAUUGCCAUGGAAUCUUGA